AAGAUUGUCUAGUCGGCCAUUUUGUACAAAGAAAAGUCAAGUGUUGUUUGUUGUCUACGAGAAAAGAAGAAACUCUGGCUUUGUUCGCGGCUCCAGAAGUACCGUACCUUUCAAAAAAUAAAGACAUUAUGCAUCAGUUAGGGCAAUCGCGAGGUUUUCCACACCCCAUUCCACCAACAUCACAGACAACCAGYCUUUCAGAGAUAGAAAGGGAGAAGAUUUACUCUUGGAUCCUGGAAUUGUCAAGUCCUGAGUCUAGAGAACAUGCAUUAUUAGAACUCAGUAAAAAGAGAGAAGUAGUACCAGAUUUAGCUCCAAUGCUGUGGCAUUCAUUUGGAACUAUUGCUGCUUUGUUACAAGAAAUAGUAUCUAUCUAUCCCGUCAUAAAUCCACCAAACCUAACAGCUCACCAGUCUAACCGUGUUUGUAAUGCCUUAGCUCUUCUUCAAUGUGUUGCAUCUCAUCCUGACACUAGAUCUGUUUUCCUACAAGCUCACAUUCCAUUGUUCCUCUACCCAUUCCUACAUACAACCAGUAAAACAAGACCCUUUGAGUAUCUACGUUUGACAAGUUUAGGUGUGGUUGGUGCUUUAGUAAAGACUGAUGAAACAGAGGUUAUAAACUUCUUGUUGACAACUGAGAUUAUCCCUCUCUGCCUGCGCAUUAUGGAGUCAGGAAGUGAACUCUCCAAGACUGUUGCCACAUUUAUACUGCAAAAGAUUUUACUAGAUGAGACAGGACUGUCAUAUAUUUGUCAGACAUAUGAAAGGUUUUCUCAUGUGGCUAUGAUACUGGGCAAGAUGGUUCUAGCCUUAGCAAAGGAUCAGUCAGCAAGGCUUUUGAAGCAUGUUGUACGUUGUUAUCUCAGGCUGUCCGAUAACCCAAGAGCUCGUGAGGCCCUGAGGCAAUGUCUUCCAGACCAGCUAAAAGAUGGGACAUUCUCUAACUGUCUUAAAGAUGAUGCUUCAACUAAACGAUGGCUGAGCCAGCUGAUGAAAAACCUACAGGAACCACCUAUAGGAGACACAAGAGGAAUGGCUAGCUUGACAUCUUGAUSUUAAUGGAGUUUAUAGGUUCUCUUUGUACAAAGACUGACACUGUACAAAAUGUAUAUUGAUGCAUUGGAAAUAGCAAACCGCUACACUAAUAGAAAGCAGUGUUCUGUAGAAAUUAACAUUUAUGAAGGGCACUGUAGUGUUAGAUUARUAAAUGGUCAAGCUAGUAUAGAGUGGUCCCUGUAAAAAACAGCAAAGCUCUGAACUUGAACAAAAGUUCGAGGUGUACAUUUCUGUAGCUCGGAAAGUAUGACCAAAAUAUUAUUUUCUUUUUAGUUCUGGCUGAAAAAAAGCCAUGAGGUUUGCAGUUCAAAUUUUACGGCAAUAUAUCAGGACAGUGAUUGGAAGCUGAAGCAAGGCGAUCCAUUGUUAAUUGAGGCUCAGGUUUCACCAUUCUAAACCCCUUGUGUGUUUGUUUUUUGUCACCCCUAAGAUCACUUUCUUUAUUUGUUCAGAUUAGUUGUUGUCAGGCUCUAUUUUUGUUUACRUUGUAGUUUUGUACACAUUUUGUAAAUAUACAAAAUUAAAGAUAAACUAAAAUGA